CGGACGCGUCCUGUCGGCCCUUCGAUUGCAGUUGUUUCGAAAAAGCGCGAAAAUUGAAAAUUUCAAAAACCAAAAAAACGCACGCUUCUACCAUUCAAUCGGCAAGGCAGAAGAAAAGCGAUAACAAUUUUUUUCGAGUGUGCAGUGUGAAAAGAGCCGGGCAAAAAAAUUGCAAAACGAGAAAACAGAAGACGGAAAUGAAGCCAGCAAGUUGUGUGCAUAUCGGAGAAAGUAACGGAAAUUAAAAUUUGCAUAUAUGCAAAAGGCGGCGGGCGGCGGUGGGCGGGCUAUUCAGGAGCGAUGAAGAUGGAAAUUAAGAUGAAAGCGAGCCCGAAACUGACCGAAACAAGACUCAAGUGUCAGAUCUAACUGCAGACUCGUGCGCAAUCCAACCCACCAGCCGAAAGCUUAAGAGGGGCACACAAAAACUAAACCCCCCAGAACUCCCAGGAGCAAUAGUCCAGUUCCAGUUCCAGCUAGUGCAAUCUAAAGUCCAGCCACAAACAGAUACAGUCACAUAGAAAUGCCGUCGCCAGGACACCACACAUCAUUCUGCUGCUCCACGGCAGGAUUUAUCGCUUGCUCAGCAAUCGUUCUGCUUUGCAGUUCCGAGGUCCUGUCUAGUUGGGAAGAGUGGUGGACAUACGAUGGCAUAUCCGGACCAAGCUUCUGGGGCCUCAUCAAUCCGCAGUGGAAUAUGUGCAACAAAGGACGCCGCCAAUCGCCCAUCGACGUGGUGCCCGACAAGUUGCUCUUCGAUCCAUAUUUGCGGCCCCUGCAUAUUGACAAGCACAAGGUUUCCGGCACUCUGCACAACACGGGCCAGUCGCUGGUCUUCCGCGUGGACAAGGACACCAAGCAGCACGUGAACAUAUCCGGUGGACCGUUGGCCUACCGCUACCAGUUCGAGGAGAUCUACAUACAUUAUGGCACCGAGAAUGUCCGCGGAUCCGAGCACUUCAUCCAGGGCUACAGCUUUCCAGGCGAGAUCCAAAUCUAUGGGUUCAACAAGGAGCUGUACCACAACAUGUCCGAGGCGCAGCACAAGUCGCAGGGAAUCGUUGGACUCUCGUUGAUGGUGCAAAUUGGCGAGACGCCCAAUCCGGAGCUGCGGAUCAUCACGAGCACCUUCAACAAGGUGUUGUAUAGAGGAUUCUCUACGCCCAUUCGACACAUAUCCGUGAGGUCGCUGCUGCCGAACACGGAUCACUACAUCACCUACGAGGGCUCCACGACGCAUCCGGGCUGCUGGGAGAGCACCGUCUGGAUCAUAGUUAAUAAGCCCAUCUAUAUCACCAAACAGGAGUUGUACCAACUCCGACGACUGAUGCAAGGCUCCGAGAGUACACCCAAAGCUCCACUAGGUAAUAAUGCGCGACCAGUGCAAAGUUUACACCAUAGAACCGUAAGAACGAACAUAGAUUUUAAGCGAAACAAGAAUCAAUAUGCGUGCCCCUCGAUGUACAAGGAUAUGUACUAUAGGGCGAAUCGAUGGUCACCCGACACGGGACUUUUGAUACGUUGACAACUGGGCUGCGAGUGCCGCGAAAAGCAAUUAUUAUUAUUGCUAUUAUUAUUAUUAUGUGUGGUAAAUAAUGUUACAGCAAUUACAACUAUAAUGACAACAACUGGUUACAAAAACAUCAACAACUGAGGCUGGCAACGAAGCAUUUUGCAUUUUUUAUGUCGCAUUCAAUUUUUAUAUUCAUGUUUACAACACGAACUCAGGAUUCGUUUGGCUUGCAAUUGCAAUAUUCCUACAGCAGCAGCAACACAGCAAAUUGUAUUAUUUAUUUCAUUAUUAUUAAUAAUACGACAACAGGACAAAUUUAGGUAACAAAGGCAGGAAAAAAAAUAAAUAACACGGAAAAGGAAUGCUUAUAGAGCGCGAAUAACAAUAGAGUAAAUGCCAUGCCAAACGCAAAUGCUAAAUUUAACAAACAAAAAGCUGGCACACAGACACUAGCGAAAAAUAGCAAAUAGUAGCUGAAAAUUUGCGUAAAAAUGUUAUUGCAUAUUCUUGUGGCGGAGUAUGAGAACUUAAUUCAAUGAAAUUUAAUACAAUUCGGUUUUUGUCUUCAAUCUAUAUGUAUUUAUGCAAAGCGCAAAAAGCACGAGUCUAUAACAUCGUUUUUUUAUGCAAGGCUUAAAUUUUGUAAAUUGAUGUGUGUGUUAAUUUAAUAAACAAGACUUCUUGCUUUUCAAUCACCUAUUUUUCAAUAGAUGUUCUUGUCGAACAGAAAAUCUGGUCGAUUUAAAAGCUUAGAUUUAAUCUGGGCUCAUUUAAAUAUUUCCGAUUCAAUGCAUCCUAUAUAUGUAUACAUAUAAAUUCAUAAUUAUUUGUGAUUCGCCUCCUUUGUUAUAUGCCGAUACCAAAAACAAUUUAGCAAAAAAAAAUAAACAAUGUUAAGAGCAACAAAAAAAAAAUGCGACAACAAAGUGAAAUAAGAGAAUUUCCGUAAACUGGAUGGGUGGACAAUAACUAACAAACAAAAAAGAAACGAAAGAUUAAUGAAGAGUUGGAGACGAAAUAUAAACAAAUGGCAACAGAAAUUAACAAAAAGUAAAUAUUCAUAUAAAUAUACACAAAAAUAAAGGUAUCUAUAUAAAUUCAUAUAUAUACACACAUAUAUACACCACUCUACCAGAGGAUCUACAGAAAUCGCUCAGGAUUGAAAAUUUCAAGACAUUUCUUUCUUUCCAAAUAAAUGAUUUUAAUGCUUUCGAAACCGUUUUAAAAAAUAUACAAAUCCUGCUGUGAUUUCUGUGACACCUCUGUUUAUAUAUACACCACUAUAUAUGUAUGUACGAUCGAGAAAGUGCAGUAACUAAAAUAAAACCAAUACGAACUACUAAGCAAUGCAGCCAGGAAGUUGAACAAAAAUCGGUACGCUAUAUAGGAUGGCUAUGUAUAACUCCCACACACUUAGGUACUCACACAAACAACCAAAGCAUCUAUAAGCGUCUAUAUACUUGGCUUCGAAAUUUAUGAUCCGGCAGGACAUCCCAUCCUCAGUUAGCGGCCAUCUAUAUAUCUAUAAAUCUAGUCACCAGUCAUGGAGUAUACAACUAGCUAAACUGAAUGGGCUACAUUACGUAAUUUAGCUCUAGAAGGCAAGCAUUAGAAUUAACUAAUUAAUUGAUUAACUAGCCGUGUUGCUAACAAAAGCCCAAGAAAAUCAAAUUCGAAUUAAUGAGUAAACCAGAAACGAUCUAUAUAUAUAUAUAUUUAAAUAAAGUAAAUGACAUUUUUUUUUUGAAGACGAACAGUGUUGUAAAGUGCUGUAAAGACAAGUAUUAUGGCUAAUGUAGAACCUAAGUUACUGAAUAGCAUUUAGCAAUUAGCACCAACUGAGUUUGUAUAAUAUACACGAAUAUAUAGUAUACCUAAACAUAUAUAUAUAUACACAUAUAUAUAUCAGAUCCGUUCAAUUCCCACAUUCGCAGCUGUCGAGCGACACUUUGUGCAAUUAUUUCUUUGGGCCAACAACCAACCAACUAACUAAGGAACAUACUAAAUGGCCCCCCGAUUAUGUGUAGAGCAUUAACUAUUUGUAUAAAAGCUAUGGGGAUCGAAACGAAUUCCGAAUUCCGAAUUCCUCAACUCGGUAACACUUUGCUACGACUGUAAGUUACUAUUGUGUUGCCAUAUGAAAAACAAGAAAAUUGAAAGGAGCAGAAACUAUAUAUAUAUAUAUAAAUUAUACAAAUUCUAUAUAUAUGUAACUAUAAAUGCAAGAAUUACUAAGCAUAGAACGGGUUAGCAGCAGUGAACGAAUAAGGUAUUGUUUCUCGAGAAAACGAAAUUGAAGAAUGCAAAACUAAUAAA